AUGUCCAACCGCAAACGCAAGUUGAAUUCUACCUUUGGCACCAUUCACGAAACGAUCAUCACAGAUACUGGCACCUUAAGAACAUCUAGAGCCAAUCUCAGCAAAGUCCGUGCGGAUAGACUCGCACUUGAACGUGAAAACUUGGGGAGUCACCGAGGCAAUGUACUCGAAAAAUCUGUCGACCAAGCCCCCAACGAACUCGCCAAUGUAUCACUCUUGAAGUCUGGCUACCUCGGCUGCUCUCCUCUUCAACCCACACUUGCAAUAUCUUUGGGUUGCCUCGAGCUCUAUCACCAAAUACGCUGGAGAAAGCCAUCAUUCAGUGUGCAGGGGAUGGUGAAGGUACUAUGCUCUCUUCACAAUUCCUUACGCGACCAGUUUGCUAUCGCGUUCGACACGUAUCUUGCCAUUUUGCGCGAGGUGAGAACGCUCGUCGAUCAAGCACUAGGUCGAGACACGCCACAUUGGUGUAUGCUUCAUGCAUGCCCAGCGUGCAACUACAAGCAACCUGAUGAGCCCCCUCUUUAUCCUGCACGACUCGACGCCUUUGAUGGCAACAACUCGCUGAAACGAGUUGACGGCUCUGGCCAUGCCGACGAACAUUCUUUCCCAUCUACGUAUCUUAUCCCCGCUGCUGAGGUGGAUCUAUUCAAAGACGACGUCCGCCUUCGCCCAGGGACCCGAAUGACCACAGGCGACAAUGUCUAUCUCUCAAACAUCCCAGGGACCCAAGCUACCACAGGGGAUGAGGUCCUUCCAUCAAACGAUUCGACAUGUACCGAAAACUGGAGGGUCGCAAACACGACAUCUGAAAACAGCACCAACGUCUUCGAUCAGACCGGUGUCUUUGUUAGUGCAUGUCGCCAUGGUAUUGUUCAAACUUUAGUUGAACUGCGACGAAGCGGUGAACUUGCGAAAUAUGCCCUCGCAACAGCAAAUAAACUGAUUGACGUGUACGGAGCCAAUGGUGUGACUGGAUACGACAUCGGGUGUUCUUUUUCCAAGACAAUUGCUGCAAGUUCGGUUGCUGACAAAGUCAAGACAGUCAACCAUCGUUUCGUUGUCAAUGCUUUUCACGGGCACGCUCACAACCGCCGUUGUCAACUCCAGUAUCAUACACUUUAUCAGAAAGGUCUGGGGAUUGAAGAUCUCGAGACUUGUGAGCGUGUCUUUGCGGGUUCAAAUGCUGUUGCCCCACUUAUACGGCAUGCAUCAUAUUUUCAUUGGCUGCAAUUUAUCGACCUUCAAUUUGAUCAAUGGGAUCUAGAUCGCUAUCAAGAACUCAGUCAGUUUCUGUACAACAACUAUAAGCAGGCGCUUCACAUCAUCAACGAUCUCACGCCCGUCGUCCAGGAGUUGAAACAACAGCUCGAUCUUUCAGAUGCCGAUUUCGAGCAAUGGAACAUCGAAGAACUUCAAUAUCUGGAGGCUCUUGCUGCAGAACCAGAGUACGAUCCAGAGAAGAUCGCAUACGUCGAGGCCCUGCAGUCGUUGGCCAAGGCUGAGUCUACGCAAGGUCCACAAACUGCAACCAAAGCACAUGAAGCUGAACGCCGAGCCGCCCACAAUAAGCUUGCUCUCGAAAUGAAUGCAGCGCUUGACUUAGAGCACCGGCUUGGUCUUACGGAGCGCUGGACACCACGUGAUCCUCAAUAUCAAGAAGCGCUCGAAUAUUUGAACAAUAAUCGGUUCAUACGUGCAGUCCAGCGUCUCGAAGGACUUGUUGUACAAAGACUGUUCGAACUUGCCAAGGCCAACUUGGCUAGUACAGGUUAUAAAAUGCGCCAACAGAUAUCCAAUGCAAUAACUCGCCGUUCGAGUGCGAUUCGCCAUGCACUGGAACACUACAAUCAACUCGCGUACAUUCUCAAGUUUAGCGAAGUUGCAUCGUAUGCAUGGCUUGGCGAGUUUGAGUUGCUCAAAAGCUCACGGCGGGAAAUCUUAACCAAACCUUGGGCUUCAAAAGCCAACAGAGAGGUGGCAGGCAAGUACUUCAAGAUAAUUUGUGCACGCGAAGAAAUUGAACGCCUCAACAUUGAGAUCUCUCGUCUUCAACGAUGGCUCGAGGAUGAGGACGCUCACUUACUCACUACUGCGACAUCAUUGGAAGCCAAUCAACCUGCACUUGCCCACGAAAUUCACCGCCUGCAUGAUAAGCGUGUGCGCAUGAACAAUGUCCAUCGUGCACGCCUCCAGGCAAUCUAUGGAAUACCAGGUUUUUGUGGUAUACGUGUGCUGGAGACCUCUAAUGAUGCAGAUAUGGGUGCAGUAAUUGACGAGCUACAGAGUGCUGCUCCCAUCGAAAUAGAUGAAGACGAUAUCUUGUGUGACGAAGCGGCUUGUUUAGAAUCAUGUAUUACAUAG